AUGGAUCUAGUCACUCUAGACGCAACCCAGCACGCAAGCUACCCUGAAUACUGCUCCUUGCUCUUCCAGGGCAAGGCAAGCAAGCAGCUCUCCUUUGAGCAGAUUGCAAACCACCUUGGCCGCAGCGAAGUAGCGGUAGCAGCCCUCUUCUACGGCCAUGCCAGAGCAUCCCAGGAGGAUGUCGAGAAGCUCUGCGAGCUGCUGGGGAUACCGCCCGCCGACCUGAGUAAACGACUGCGAGGGUUUCCUGACCGUGGAAAGGGGGUUGACAUGCCGCCCAAGGAUCCUCUCAUCUACCGACUAUACGAGAUCGUGCAGAACUAUGGCCAGGCAUACAAGGCUGUCAUGAACGAGAAGUUUGGAGACGGCAUCAUGAGUGCCAUCGCUUUCUCGACCAAGGUUGACAAGGAGCUCGACGACCAGGGAAAUGCCUGGGCAGUGAUCACUAUGAAGGGGAAAUGGCUGCCGUUCACUCGGUUUUAA